AUGGAGUUGGGAGAAGCUACUAAACAUUGCAAUUGGUGUUGCACGUGGAAUAGAAUUUCAGAUUUUAGGCUUGCCAAGCUAUGCUCAAAAGAACAAAGCAUCGUAUCAUUGACAGCUGCUCGAGGAACUGGUUAUAUUGCUCUAGAGCUCUUCUCCAGACACUUUGGAGUGGUAUCUUAUAAGUCUGAUGUGUAUAGCUAUGGAAUGAUGUUAUUAGAGAUGGUUGGAUGCCAAAAGAAUAUGGAUAUUACAAUUGAGAGUGAAAGCCAAAUUUACAUUCCUCAGUGGAUCUACAACAAAAUGGGCCAAGGAAAGGAGCUUUAUCUAGAAAUUGAGGUAGUUGGAGACGAGGAAAUUGCCAAGAAGCUUGCAAUUGUUGCACUUUGGUGCAUUCAAUGGAUUCCAACAGAGAGGCCUUCAAUGCCAAUGGUUAUACAAAUGCUUGAAGGUGACUCACAAAGCUUAGAGAUGCCUCCGAGGCCUUUUGUUUCUUCAGAUGUUGAAAUGUGUUAA